UUCCCCAUCUCUUCAAGAACUCCCUCUUUUCUUCUCCCGCAAGAACAAGAAAAGAAUCCAGUUCCAGCGAUUUAGGGUUCUCUCUGAUCGAUUAUUCUGUGCUGUGUUCAACGAUAAAAGCUGUAAUCUGGUUCAAUUGAGCGAGAAAGCAUCGAUCGAGGAACGAAGAAGAUGUCGUCGAACAUGUUCUUUGCGAACACUCGCCCUCAACGGAGCGGGAACGCCGAUUUGAAGAGACGAUGGGACGAUCGCAGUCGCGUGGGAGGCUUCCAGGGUUACCCUCACCAGAAGCGGGCGAGAGCGCAAACGCCAUCGCAGUUUCCAUCGGCAAACCCUAACAAUCUUCCUCUGUAUCAUCGUAGUAGCAUACCUAGGGUUUCUGGUUCAUAUGGUUCUCAGGUCUUUCCCAUGUCGGGUUCUUAUGUUCGUGGUUUGGGUUCUUCUAAUGUAAGUAACAACGUUGUACCAAAUCGUUUCUCUCCUGCUCUACCUAACAACGAUACGUCUAUGCCCUUGUUCGUAUCAUCGCAACCUUUGACUAACCACAAUCAUCAAUACCUGUCUGGUUAUGGAAGCUGUAAUUCGAAUUCGUUGCCACGACAAGUACACAACGAUGUGUCGUUGGACUCGUUGCCUGAGUGGAAUCCGAACGAACCCACAUCUCAGAUCCGAAACGGGCUUGCGCCGAGUGUGACUUUUAACAAUUUUCCUGCUCGAUCUCGCGAUUUCAUUAGAUAUGUCUCUGCGCCCUCUAAUGGCGCAAAUUCAGGUUCGCUUCUACCACUCGUAAUGCCCAAUUCAAAGCAACCUUUGAUGGGCAAUGGCUCAUCAGAUUUGGUAAGAAACUUCAAGAACAGCGGUCUUGUUCCUCCGAAUGAUGUGUCGAAACAGAACGCUGGAAUCCAAGAUGGCAUUUUGGGAACAGAGUUCGACAUGUCGUUACUUAGAGUUAGACAUGAAUCUGUCAUAAAGUCUCUGUAUUCUGAUCUCCCAAGGCAGUGCAGUUCAUGUGGGCAAAGAUUCAGAUGCCAAGAAGAACACAGGAACCACAUGGAUUGGCAUGUCAGGAAGAACAGGAUGGCCAAAGACACCAGCAAGAAUCCAAGAAAGAUUCCGACACUGAACAACAAGUCUCGUAAGUGGUUUGCCAGUACGGGGUUAUGGCUCAGCGCAGCAACUGGAGAGCAACUCGACGAUCAAGCGGUUGCAGAAUUGUUCGAUUCGGAAAAAGAAACCCGGAAGAAUGAUGACGAGGAAUUCGUCGUUCCUGCAGAUGACGAUCAGAAGACAUGCGCUUUAUGCGAGGAGCCGUUCGAAGAUUUCUUUAGCGAUGACGCCGAUGAAUGGAUGUACAAGGGAGCUGUGUACUUACACAAGCACGAUGAUAACCAGGGAGGGACAAGAACUGGCAUCAAUGUAUCAAAGUUAGGUCCCAUAGUUCAUGCUAAGUGCAUGCCUGAAAAAACCCGAAAAUCUUCCACACAGGAUCUGAGACCACAGAAUCUGAUACCAGUUUCGGUUCCAUCUGCAAGAACACUGAUCUGCUGAACCUAGAAUUCUUAGCUUUUUCAUCAUUCUUAUUGACCAAUGUACAUGUAAACUCAGAGAGCAAUAAAAUUCUAGCAAAUUCUUUUCCUUUCA